UCCGGACGCGCAACUGGGGGCUGCGCGGGCUCCGGUCGGAACUGGACGCUUUGCCUUCGCGGGCGCGCCCCGCAGUCUGGCCCGGUUUCGGGCGUGCAGCGCUGCGGCCCUGCGGCCAGCGUGGGGCGGGGCGCUGAGGCCGCCCGGGCCGCAUUGGCCCCCGCCGCCCCGCGCGGUCCCGGCGCCGGGGGAAGCGUGGGGACCCCGGGCUGGAGCUGCGCCCGAGCCGCGCUCCCCACGGAAGCGGUUAGCGCAGCGUCCACGGCACGGUCCCCGGAAGCAAGGCGUCUCGGUUUAUGUUGGGUUUCUGUUUGGUCCUCAUAUCCCUGUUUUCCAUGACAGAUUUUGACGACAGUAUAUACAAAAUAUACAUAAAGAUGAUUACUAAUAUAGUAAUAUUGAGCUUGAUUAUUUGCAUUUCCUUAGCUUUCUGGAUUAUGUCAAUGACUGCUAGCACUUAUUAUGGUAACAUACGGCCUAUUUCUCCUUGGCGUUGGCUGUUUUCUGUUAUUGUUCCUGUUUUGAUUGCCUAUAAUGGCUUUAAAAAGAAAAGUCUAGAUCACAGUGGAGCAUUAGGAGGGCUCGUGGUUGGAUUUAUCCUAACCAUUGCAAAUUUCAGCUUUUUUACAUCUUUGCUGAUGUUUUUUCUUUCUUCUUCAAAACUCACUAAAUGGAAAGGACAAGCAAAGAAGCGAAUAGAUUCAGAAUAUAAAGAAGGAGGGCAAAGGAAUUGGGUUCAGGUGUUCUGCAAUGGGGCCGUGCCCACGGAGCUCGCCCUGCUCUACAUGAUAGAAAACGGCCCCGGGGAGAUGCCCAUCGACUUUUCCAAGCAACAUACUGCUUCCUGGAUGUGCUUGUCGCUCUUGGCUGCCCUGGCCUGCUCCGCCGGAGACACCUGGGCUUCAGAAGUUGCCCCAGUUCUGAGUAAAUGGCAGCCGCGGCUGAUUACAACCUGGGAGAGGGUUCCAGUUGGGACCAAUGGAGGAGUUACAGUGGUGGGACUUGCUUCCAGUCUCCUUGGUGGAACUUUCGUGGGCACGACAUACUUCCUCACACAGUUGAUGUUUGUGAAUGAUUUAGACAUUUCUGCUCCUCAGUGGCCAAUUAUUAUAUUUGGGGGUCUAGCUGGAUUACUAGGAUCUAUUGUGGACUCAUAUUUAGGAGCAACAAUGCAAUUUUCUGGCUUGGAUGAAAAUACUGGCAUGGUGGUCAACAGUCCAACCAAUACAGCAAAGUACAUAUCAGGAAAACCUAUUCUAGAUAACAAUGCGGUGAAUCUGUUUUCUUCUAUUCUUACUGCCCUCCUUCUCCCAACAGUAGCUUGUGGUUUUUGGCCCAGAGAGUGAACUUUACUUAAUUUCCAAAGGUUGGAACUGGUUGAGUGCAGCUAAAUUUGCUAUUCUAAGUUUCAUCCUAAGAAUCCUAGUUGUAAUGCCAAAAUGUAAAUGCCAGCUCCUUUCAUAUUCCAUUGUAGUGGUAUCAGACAUUUUUUUCUUCCAUCAACUCCCUGUAACAGCUGAUGUCUUUCUAGGAAGAAACAAAUGCAUAUUUUAUGUAUAUUUUUCUUCUACUGAAUGUAGCUUCUUAAAACAGCGGAGCAAUAUUUUUCCUAUAUUCUGUUGCAUAUUGAACUGAAAGUUCUACAUAGUCAAUAUGUUUGGUUUUUCUUUUGUAAACCAGUGUAAGAUCUAAAAGUGGUGAAAUGUGAAAGUGUCUUUUGGAACAGGGAAACACCACUAUGUCAGUUGCUCUGUUUUCAGUGGUUCGAGAUAAGCUGGUGUGUACAGAAGCUUGCGUGUAGUAUCCUGAACUGCCAUGGCCUUGCCACUUCUAAUUUUGAAAUGUGUGGAGGUUGGUCCCUAGUGAAUUGUAUGGCCUGCUCCACAUUUUUUCUUCCAUCUUCCAAAUUAGUAAUAACAAAAGAUAAAUGCCUUUUCUACUUGACCAUUAUAAGUUUGAAAAUAUUCGGUGUAGCUAAAGAAAGAACAAAUUUUAUCUUAACAAUGUGCACCCUGAUAUACACUUUUGAAUUCAUGUUCAGUGCACUUCCUAGUUUUCUUUGAAAUGUACAUAAAAAUCUGCUUUAGCAUGGUAUUCUGAAGUUACCAAAGAGUCACUGGAAGCUUGUUGUCAGUUUUCUUUUUUAAGUUUUUGUAAGUUACUAGAAAGUGCCAUGAUUGCUUUUUCCGUACCUGAGCUGUGCUCACCUUUACAUUCAUUAACCCUCAACUAGAUUGCAUUCUGCUUUUCAACUUUGUUCUUCACUGUGACUUACCUGUAUUGUGCAAAGAUUUUGACAUGGAGCAAAUUAUUUGACUAAAGCCAUUUUAAAUAUUUCUCAUGUAAUUUCUGUAUUUUCUUCCCCUGGCCCUUUUUCAUUCUUAAAGAAAUCAAGAGAGAAUUCCAUAAAUAAGCUACCACUGAAGUGGAUAUGUUUAGAACUCUUUAUUGGUGACUUUUCUAUAAUGAUGAUCUAGAACUGACUUGAUUUGAGCAAAAAAACAAAAUAGUUUACACCCGUAAUUCUUAAAACAUUUAACUUAAUAGCUUACAACUAGUGGUUUUGAACUUUGGAUAUAGAAAGUGGACAUAAUUUUUAAAAGUCACUUGUAUCUGAGCUCUGAUACAGAUUUCAGCAAAUUUCUCUUGGUUACUUUUCUCAUUUCUGAGACAAAAUAUUUAACACCCACAAGUUAAGGGAGGAAAGGUGUAUUUUAGCUCUUGGUCUGUAGAGACUGCCGUCCAUAGUCAGCUGGCUCCAAAGCAGGGCAGCAUGGCAGAGGGGCAUCAUAGAGAAAUAGUCCAUGGUGUGCUGGGCAGACGGCAACAAGCAGCAGCACGCUUCGCUUCGGUCUCUGUAUUCCACCCAAACUACAAGCCUAUUGAUUGGUGCCACCCAUACCAGGUGGGGCCUCCACUACCCAUGCCCUGAAUCCGAUUAUUGCACCCUUAAUCCACAUUCACACACACUAAUCCAGACACCUUCAAAACUCCCCUUCUAUGACCACAUGAGGCUUUGAAGGUCCAUGUGGCUAUCAGCCAUCGCAUUGUUCCAUGUCCCGAAUUACAACAUAGCUGAUCUGGGAUAGUAUACCCUGGAUAUUGAAACUUUUUAAAGGUCUCAUUGCACAUUAGAAUCAUGUGAGAGGUUUUUAUAACCGCUGUUGCCAAGACUUUUUUGUAGUCCAGGUAAACCUGAAUAUUUUCAAGUAAGGCCAUGCUUUGAUUUUACUGUGACCUACUCCACAUUUGGGUAUUUCUAGAAAACUGGUAGACCUUAAUGUUUAAAUACCAAACCAGAAUAUCCCAAAGCUCUGCAUCUAACAGAAACUU